AUGGUUUCCGACUCCUCUCUCCAGCAGCUCAAAGACGCGCUUGAAGAGAAGAAUAUACUUAGCUUCGCUCAAGCAGCUGAGGAGCUGGGCGAGUCCGUCAAUAAUGUCAAGUCUUUGUUUCAAGAAAAACACGAAGAAUUUAACGGCGAAGCAUUAUUUUAUCUAUCUGGCAUGUGCAACGAUGCCUUCAAAGUUUCCAUUCUCAACAAGACAUCCAAGGACGCUGCAGUGAAUGAAUACUCGUCGAUUUUCUCGUGUCAUAUCUGGGGCUUCCAAACGAAAGAUUACAACAAGGAAAUGGAUAAUUUCACCUUUUCGGACACUCCACUUUCCCUUGGAAUAAGAUCGAACGAAGUUCCAAAGACGAAAACAGUCAAAAGCUCGCCUCCUGUCGCUGCUCCGAAAAAAACUGAAAUCGACGUAUUCAAAAACACUGGCAAAAAGAAAGAAAACAAGCUCAAAGACAUGCUCUCACAGAAAACGACUGUGAAGAAAGAACCUUCAUCUGAGCCAAAGAAAGAAGCAAAACCAGCUGCGAAGCCAAAAACGAGCAAGAAAACAGACUUCUUCGCCAACGCUAGAGCCAAAGGAAAAGCAGAACAAAAGGUCAAAGAAGAGCCAAAGGAACCCAAAGAAGAAGCCGAAUCUAUUUCUGACUGCGAUGAUCCUAUGGAAAAUCGACAGACACCUCCGAAAGCUGCUAAAAGGGCAUCAAAAGUGUUUGAGACUAAAUCGAAACCGACUAAAAGUAAAAGAACACGGAUCGUGAUGAGCGAUGACAGCGAAGAGGAAAACGAUAAAGCGGACGAAAUGGAAGUCGACGAGGAACCUGCAAGGGAAUCGCCGAAGAAAAAGUCACCAAAGAAGCUGAAAGUGGCUAAAAACCGGCGUCGCGUUGCUUUGGAAUCGGACUCGGAGUCCGACGAUGGAAACAAUAUGGACAAUACUGGCGGGCGUCUUCUUUUUGGUGGAUCUGAUGAUGAGGAGAACCUAGAAGACUCGGUCAAGAACGUAUCGCUCAUGUCUGAGGAUGAAGUAGCAAAGUCCGAUUCAGACGAGGAAAAAGAGAACAAAAAACAGGCAAAGAAGAAGAAAGAAAAGAAAGAAAUCAAGGAAGAGACGCCGGUCACUAAGUUUGGAACGGCCAAAGUCAAGCCGGGAAAAGUCAUGAAGAAAGUUCAGAAGAAGCGCACUUACGUUGAUGAUGAAGGCAACAUGGUGACGGAAAAGUACUACGUAGAGGUCGAAGUAGAUCCAAGCGAGAUCGAGGAAGAGGCGAAAGCAAAACCAGCUCCACAGAAAAUCCAGUCAGCUCCAAAACCAGCGGCGAAGAAAACCGUGGCCAAGCCAAAGCACCAGCCAAGUAUCUCGAGCUUCUUCAUGAAAAAAAAGUAG